UUAUUAACCACAGCAAUCAUCACUCAACAUUGGAUGCUGACCAUCACUGUUUAAGUCGACUUGUUUAGCUGAAGGCUUACGGUCAAGCAUCCCCGCCAUUUGGUGCUCCGUCGUGUCACGUGCGUGCACGAUUACUAGCUAGCUAAGCAUUCAUUCCUACCCGCGAUUUGGUCCCAAAAUAUAUAUCGUAUUUGGACGACAAAAUCUGGUCUUUUGCUUUACCAUUUGGUACUCGAAGAACGAACACUAUAGUGGUUGUUGGUAUAAGAUCUUGCGUUAGUAUAAUCCGUACAACUCGCGAACGUCGAUACCUACAGCCCCCUAAACUGGUGAGCCCAACCACGAACUACAUCUUCAAUUCACACGCAGAUAAACCCGGUGAGUUCGUUCCUUUUUGUGUUUAUUCUUGUACUAUAUUGUUAUCGGCAUACUUUUCGUCAUGAGUGAUCCUAGCCCCAAGGUUAUUCAGAUUCGCUCAACCGCCAAAACAAUUCAGCUAGUACCAUUUUGGCCAGAUAAUGCUGAAACGUGGUUUCAGAUUGCUGAGUCCGAUUUUUGUGAACAUGGCAUAACUGAUCAACGUUCACAGUUCCUUGCAGUUAUUCACGCCCUACCGCGGGAAUUCAGCAAGUGCGUAACUCUGCAGAUGUCGGUAAGUAACUCGUACGAGUUGCUAAAAGCAUCCAUCCUCAAGAGAAACGUUCUCACAGAUCGGCAACGUCUGGAUGAGUUAUUUCGUAACAUCGAGUUAGGAGAUCAGUCAGCCGUGAGCAUGCUGGCAAGAAUGAAAGAGAUCAUUGGCCAAAGUCAGUUCGAUGAAGGACUGUUUAGAGAACUAUUUUUAUCCAAACUGCCACAGUCAGUUCAGACUGUACUUGUGACACUUCAAGGUGUUCUCAUAGAUGACUUAGCUGUCUCUGCAGAUAGAAUUCUAGAGAUAACGAAACGGCCAGUUACCGAAGUAUACUCUGUUACCGAACAGACUUCGAAGAAGGAUUCUGCAAUGAUAGAGUUAAUCAACUCCGUCCAGCAGAUGCUUAGGUCAAACAAGCCUAGCAAUUCCUCCUAUCGUCGUUCUAAAUCCCCUCAACGGCAAAACGCACGUGGACGAUCUAAGUCCAACACACGCUCUCUCAAAAAUCCUGACUGGUGUUGGUAUCACAACACCUAUGGCAAGGAAGCGAAAUGUUGUCGAAAACCUUGUGAUUUCGGCAAAGCCUCCAAGUCUGUGGGAAACUAUCCCGCCGGCACGCGUUAGCGGCAACCGUCGCCGGUGGCACUAGCCGCUUACUUUACAUCCAUGAUGUAAUGAGCCAGACUAGAUAUCUAGUCGACACAGGCGCCGAAGUCAGCGUCCUUCCUGCUACAGCAGCAGAUCGACAGAAGGAUCCUAACUUCAACCUACAGGCUGCAAAUGGAAAACCAAUUGCAACCUAUGGUCGGAAAUACGUCUAUCUGAACGUAGGUUUACGCAAACCUAUUCAGUGGAUUUUCCUAAUCGCUGACGUCACAAUGCCCAUCAUCGGCACGGACCUACUUAAUCAUCAUGAUUUGCUCGUAGACGUCCGCCGUAAACGACUAAUUGACAACACUACUAGUUUGUCUAUCAAAGGCAUAACUUACGUAGGCCCAAGCUUGUCAAUCGUUAAGAUGAAAGCAAUCCCCGAUCCAACUUUUCAACCGAUUGUUGACAAAUAUCCGGAACUGAAUUGCCCAUCUAACGAUCUCCCGUGUAUAACCAGCAAUGUUAUGCACCACAUCAUAACCUCAGGACAGCCCGUGACAUCUAAAGCACGACGACUGGCCCCUGAUAAACUGAGAAUUGCCAGAAACGAAUUCGAUCAUAUGCUCACCCUUGGCAUCAUUCGGCCAUCGAAUAGUCCAUGGGCAUCCCCGUUGCAUAUGGUACCGAAAAAGGAUAGCAACGAUUGGCGACCCACUGGUGAUUACCGGCGAGUGAACGCCAAAACAACCCCUGAUUGCUACCCUUUGCCUCACAUACACGACU